CAGGCGGUCCGCGGGGCGCAGCGCGCGGGGAGAAAGAUGGCGGAGGGUGGUGGCGGCGCGGGGCCGGAGGAGCAAGAGGGGCGGUCUUCCAGGCCGCGGCCCCCGAGCGCGCGGGAUCUACAGUUGGCCUUGGCAGAAUUGUAUGAAGAUGAAGUGAAAUGCAAAUCUUCCAAGUCUGAGAGAACUAAAGCUACAGUCUUUAAGAGCCCACGGACACCACCUCAACGCUUUUAUUCAGGAGAACAUGAAUACGGUGGAUUACAUAUAGUUCAACCUUCAACCGGGAAAAUUGUGAAUGACCUUUUCAAAGAAGCAAGGGAACAUGGGGCUGUUCCUCUGGAUGAGGCCACAAGAUCUUCAAGUGAUGACAAAUGUAAGUCCUUUACAGGUGGAGGAUACAGAUUGGGCAGUUCCUUUUGUAAACGGUCUGAAUAUAUCUAUGGAGAAAAUCAACUUCAAGAUGUUCAGAUUUUGCUUAAACUGUGGAGCAAUGGUUUCAGUUUAGAUGAUGGAGAAUUGAGGCCUUACAGUGACCCAGCAAAUGCUCAGUUUCUGGAGUCUGUUAAGAGAGGGGAGAUUCCCCCGGAGCUCCAGCGACUGGCUCAUGGUGGCCAGGUGGACCUGGGUAUGGAGGACCGUCAGGAUCAGGAGUACACAAAACCUAGACUGAGGUUCAAAGCUUUCAGUGGAGAAGGGCAAAAACUUGGAAGCCUCACACCUGAAAUAGUCAGCACACCCUCCUCCCCAGAAGAAGAGGACAAGUCCAUAUUUAAUGCAGUUGUUCUCAUUGAUGACUCGGUGCCCACCACCAAAAUUCAAAUCAGGUUAGCAGAUGGCAGUCGUUUGAUACAAAGAUUCAAUAGCACACACAGGAUCCUGGAUGUUCGGGAAUUUAUUGUACAGUCUCGCCCUGAAUUUGCAACUGUUGACUUUAUUCUUGUGACUUCAUUUCCAAAUAAGGAGCUAACAGAUGAAAGCCUGACACUGCAAGAAGCAGAUGUUCUUAACACUGUGAUACUCCAGCAACUAAAAUAAUACCAAUUCUAUCUAUGCAGUAGCAUAUAGAAAUAGGUAAUGUGCCAUGUUAAUAAGAAAUGUACUUUUUUGCAUAGGAAUUAUUAUUAUACCAGAUAAAUUUUGGUUUUGUUUUUCUGUCUUCCAUCCUCAGUAUAAGUUAAUUUGGACUAAAGGUAGAUCUGGACAUAAAUAUAUUCAAAUUUUUAGUUGCAGGGCUGGCUUAUUAUGUUGAUUGCUCUUAAGUACUUAGGCCAACCAGUUUGUUACAUGCUCAGUAUUGAUAUAAUAUUUGUUUAUGGACAUAAUAACCUCUUUUUUAUAUAAAUGUACUUGGUAAAAUUUGCACUAAAGUUUCUUGAUGCAGAAAUGACCAACAGCCAUUAAAAAUCCUUUUGAUCAUUUAAGAUAAAAAGUUUUCUGUAAUAUAUAUUGAGAUGUGUCUGUAUUUUGAGUUUAGAAUUGUUUGCUCAUGCAGUUUUUCUCCUUUUUUAAGAAAUUGGGUUUUUUUGUUUGUUUGUUUUAUCUUUUUUGUGGUACUGGGAUUUGAACUUGUGGCCUUGUGCUUGUUAUUUUGGAGAGUAUCGGGGACUUUUGUUUUUACCAGACUGGCUUUGGACUUCAGACCUCCAGAUCUCAAACUCCUGAAUAGUUAGGAUUAUAGGUGUGAGCCCUAGGCACCUAGUAAAAUUUUUGCACAUCCUUUUUACUUACUGAUUGAGCUGUGUAUUACAAAAUUCACUUUGGCCUUGUAUUUUGUGGAACUAUGACCAUUAUAAACUAGAAUCUAAAGAAAAGAAAGUCAGCAACUAUUGAGAUGGGACAAACAGCACUUUAAUAACAAGUCAUUACAACUCCCAGAGCCUAUCCUAAUGACAUUCAUUUAUCCAUUUAAUAGAUUUUCAAUGUUAUCCACUUCAGAAUGUGCAGCUCAGAAUGUUUUCUGCUUCAGAGCAAAACUACUGUACAAAUAAAAAAGUAUCAGUUCAAUCAGGUAGUCUGGCUCUAAAGAAUUGCUAGCCCAACUGUUAGCAUUUCUACUGAAGCCAAGUGUUUCUCAACUGAAGUGAGCUGUAUCAGGAAUAGUAGAAAAGCUUCUGUUUUUUUCUAGACACUAAUUCAUCUUUGGUCACCACCUCUGGUUGCUUGUUUGUUUUUUGCUGCCAUAAAGUAUUACAGAAUCUAUUGGAGACUGGUGGCU